UGUCACUGUCAUUCGUAAGGCAAAACACGAAAAUCCAUCACUUCUUACUCGCUUAUUAUUUCAUGUUUAUUAAAAGUGGUAGCUAAGUAUUAAUUACCAAUAUAGAUCAAAAAUUUCAUAAUACAUAUUAGAAAUCUUAACAAAAUGUCUCUCAAUACGGCUCACGCCGAUCAUGGAGUGUUGAUACAUGCAGGAGAAUGUAUCAUAUUGUUUUCGGACAAUGUCACAAUUGAUUUCUAUGGAAAUGACACUUCCGAGUUCGCUGGAACUAAAGAAGGCCGUAUAUACUUGACAAGUCAUCGCAUGAUUUUCAAUUCAAAAAGCCGCACAGAACCAUUGCGUUCCUUCAGUUUUCCAUUUGUUACCUUGAUGGAUGUUGCUAUAGAACAGCCUAUGUUCUCUGCAAACUAUAUUAAAGGAAAAGUUCAUGCACAACCUAAUGGAAAUUUUAUUGGUGAAGUGAAGUUUAAAAUCGUCUUUAAGUCUGGAGGUGCUAUUGAAUUUGGACAAGCUAUGCUGAAAGCUGCACAUCUUGCCACUCGUCACUCGGCGCCAAGCUCCAUGCCUCCCCCGUACUCGCCGCCGACUGGUCCAUGGUAUGCUGCGCCACCGCCGGCGUACGCACCGCCUCCUCAAGGUUACUACGGAUGGGUACCUCCUUACAUGGCUUUCCCGGAUCAGCCGCCACCAAACUCAGUGUUUGUGUCGGACAACCCACCGCCGUAUCCGGGCGUUUCAGGCAGUGCGUACCCGCCUGGCACUGGCUACUCUGGCGUUAGCUCGCAGAACAGCCCGUCGCCCACAGGUGCAGCAUUCCCGCAGGGUCCUUCUGCUCCUCCCGGAUACCCUGGCGGAGCCCCGGCUGGCAGGUCCUCCAGUGAUGCUAAAGCUGCGGAAGCAGCGCAGAGCGCCUAUUAUGAUCCCAACAGGCCUCAGACAGCCUACGUGCCGCCGCCAUACAGCGAUCUACCGCCGAGUUAUCAGGAAUCGUUAUCAAAGAAAGAAAAUUAAUGCACUGUCCACAUUUCCAAAUGCCACCCAGGCGCUCGUGUCUUAAGGCUCAAGAUGAGUUUUACUUUCCGAUGGAGAAGAAUUAUGAUGAUAGAGAUAGUGACUAAGCUAUUAUAAUGCAACAUUCCUUUAUUCAAAGAGUCGUAGUUACGUACACAAAUAUAAAAUUAUUAUAAAAAAAAUAUAUAAAAUAAAAUCAUACCAAAUUGAUGUUCAGUGGUAAAUAAUCUAAUACGAAAUUUAAAUAAAAUCCAAUUUUUAAUAAUAUUGGUUGUUUUAUGACUAUGACUUGGUUUUGCUGAUAAAAUUAAUUUGUUAUUGUUCUAAACAUGUAUAUAAAAAGUAUUACUUAACAAUUAAAUAUUUUCAAUGUCGCUCACCAGACAGAAAAUGUCAAUGUAGACCUGAAAAUAAUUUGGUGUUUGUAAUAAAUAAGUAUUAAAUAUAAAAAAUGAAUAGAAACUUGGGCCUUGCAUUGCUAGUGUGAUUAAUAAUGUUGUAGGAUUCAGUGUUAUUUUAUUUAAAAUAAAUUAAAU